AUGUCUGCUCCCGACUCCAUCAACCAUCUCCAUUACCUCCGCCUCGCAUUAAACGAAGCGCGUAGAUCGCCGCCCAAACCCACCAACUUCUGCGUAGGCGCCCUACUUCUAGCACCCUCUCAAAGCCGAGAGCCAUUAAUCACAGGCUACACGCUCGAAUGCAAAGGCAACACGCACGCCGAACAGAGCUGUUUCAUCAAGCUGGGAGAAAAGUAUGGCUGUGAAGACACCGACUUGGGACGGAAUUUGCCAGAAGAUACCAUUCUCUACACCACGAUGGAGCCCUGCAAUCAGCGCUCUGUGGGCAAUCUCCCGUGUGUGGAUAGGAUUCUGGCGCUGAAGAGGCGGGACGGUACGCCUGCGAUACGAUUUGUGGUGUGUGGGGUGAGUGAGCCGGAGACGUUUGUGGGGCUUAAUGAGGGUAAGAGGAAGCUUCGAGAUGCUGGGAUUGAGGUUGUAGCCGUGGCUGGGAUGGAGGAGGAUAUUUUGGCUGUGGCUACUGCUGGACAUUUGAAGGAAGGCGCUUCUUGA